AUCGCCCGAAGCUGCAGCUGCUAGGCUAGUUUUCUAACUCUGCCGAGGAAGUAAGUACACCGGAAGUGCAAACGCUUCAAAGUCACGCAACGACAGUAGACAGUAGGUACUCGGCCUUGCAAAAUGGUGGUGAGACCGACGAGAGCGCAGAGACACCGCCACGGCAGGGAGGUGACGCGGCUCGCGGCACGUGUCGCGCACCGGGACACCAUUAAGAACCGAGUGCACGCCGCAAGCGAAACCGAACUGCAGGAGAUCAAUGAAGAGAACAAGAAGCACUUUGAAGAGGCGAAAAAGCGGCGGAAGCAGAUAAACGAAGGCAACUGGAAGUUGUUUGUGCUGCACCUAGGAGCCAUGUCGCUGUACCUGCUGCGGUGCUUCUCCUGCUAUGUUUUCGGCGAUGAUCCUAACCUCCUUCCGCUGGCGAAAGUUCUCACCGCGGACGCAUUUCACACGCACUUGCACGGGCUCGGCUACCAAGCACUCUGGCGCGUGUGCGGAACUCUGGGGUACUUCCCGUGGAAGCGCUCGGCCAUGCGGUACAUCUUCGAGUUGGAGUGCUGGGCGGCCUCAUACGGACUCUUUCUUUCGGGAGUCUGGCACAAUGCGUUAGCCCUGGUGGUGGCGUCCGACGCAGACUUCGCGGCGAUCAAUGUCGCUGCGCCAUCUGCAGCGUCGUGGCACAACGUGAUUGUCGCACUCGUCAGCAUUUUGCUGUCGCAUUCGCUCUAUGUGUGCGCAAAUGUGUGCGCCGGCGUGAAUCCGUUUGAUCAUCUAAUAAGCUGUUUCACGACGGCGUCGCCCACGAGAUUCGAUGAGUUCUGUCCGGGAGACUCAGUGCUUUACAAGGCGUACUACGUCGACGUAAGUCCGUUUCCCGUUUUUUCCUUGGAAAAAGAUGGCGACGGACACGCACGUGUCAUCUCUGCCCCAGUGCGCGUCGACGCGGCCGGCGAUUCGAAGAACGAAGGUGAUGGCGCAGCAGUCGACGUGAACUAGAAGAGCACCCGGUCGACCUUUUAACGAUGCGACCUUGUGCUAAAAAAAUAACGGUGCCCGUGUCGGUCUCACGAAGACAAUAACCACUAAAGGCCUGCUUCUUCUGAGGGCUAGUAUGCUUCAAUGAAAUGAAAUUGAAAACUGUUUCUGCUAUCGGUACUGAUUAGUGAUAAUGAAUGUGCAAAUAUGUCCGCCGUAUGACUAUGAUCUUGACCUCGUUUUUGUUGAUAAGCAUCCAAAGACACUUCCACUUGAGACUUUUUCCAAUUCUUGCAUAGAUGAAUAUGUACACCACAGGUUGACUCAAAAUAUAAUUGCACAGACAGAGCAUUGUGGACUAUUCGUAUUGUUGAGAUUAUCCAGGACUUCUUUCAUUCGUAGAAAUUAAAAGAAAAUCACGCUCGUGGCCCGAGGAGUUUCUUUCCGUGCAUACAAAAGAAAAAUGACGUCCUAGCUACUCACCGUGCAUUUCGCAUUAUUCGUGCAGACGAGUAUCUGAACAACGUAGAACUCUAUCGUAACGGGUAUGAAUAACACGAAAAGAAACGACAAAAGUAGCAACAUCACUUGAAAAAUCCGUACAACUACAUCGCAU